UUUUUUUUUUCUUUAAACAAGGUAGGACCUCCCCCACCCCUUACAAGUGGAUGCAAAGUCUAAGCUGAAACUCCAUUGGAUUACACCUUUAAUUGCAGGAAGCUGCUGAAGAAAGGGACAAUGGCUCUGAGUGGGAACUGUAGUCGUUAUUAUCCUCGGGAUCAAGGGGCUGCGGUUCCCAACUCUUUCCCGGAAGUCAUAGAGCUGAAUGUCGGGGGCCAGGUUUACUUCACUCGCCAUUCCACAUUAAUAAGCAUCCCCCAUUCUCUUUUGUGGAAAAUGUUUUCCCCAAAGAGAGACACUGCUAAUGAUCUAGCCAAGGACUCCAAGGGAAGGUUUUUCAUCGACAGAGAUGGAUUUCUGUUCCGUUAUAUUCUAGACUAUCUCAGGGACAGGCAGGUGGUCCUGCCUGAUCACUUUCCAGAAAGGGGGAGGCUGAAAAGAGAAGCUGAGUAUUUCCAGCUCCCUGACCUCGUGAAACUCCUGGCUCCAGAGGAAGUCAAGCAAAGCCCUGAUGAGUUCUGCCACAGUGACUUUGAAGAUGCCUCCCAAGGAAGCGACACAAGAAUCUGCCCCCCUUCUUCACUGCUCCCGCAUGACCGCAAGUGGGGUUUUAUUACUGUGGGUUACAGAGGAUCCUGUACCUUGGGCAGAGAGGGCCAAGCAGAUGCCAAGUUCCGGAGAGUUCCCCGGAUUUUGGUUUGUGGAAGGAUUUCCUUGGCAAAGGAAGUCUUCGGAGAAACUUUGAAUGAAAGUAGAGACCCUGACCGAGCCCCAGAAAGAUACACUUCCAGAUUUUAUCUCAAGUUCAAACAUCUGGAAAGAGCUUUUGAUAUGUUGUCAGAGUGUGGAUUCCACAUGGUGGCCUGUAACUCCUCGGUGACAGCGUCUUUUGUCAACCAGUACACAGAAGACAAGAUCUGGUCGAGCUAUACGGAGUACGUCUUCUAUCGUAAACCAGAAGGUCUGAAAAGUCCUGGUUACCCACAUGAUGGAAGGGAGAGGGAUAAGGUUGGAGACAAAGGGGAAAGUGGCACCUCCUGCAAUGACCUCUCCACUUCCAGCUGCGACAGCCAGUCAGAGGCCAGCUCUCCCCAGGAGACAGUGAUCUGUGGUCCUGUAACGCGCCAGAGCAACAUCCAGACUCUGGACCGGCCUAUGAAGAAGGGUCCGGUGCAGCUGAUCCAACAGUCAGAGAUGAGGCGGAAAAGUGACCUGCUCCGGACUCUGACGUCGGGCUCCAGGGAAUCGAACAUAAGCAACAAAAAGAAAGCUGCGAAGGAAAAGCUGUCCAUCGAGGAAGAGCUGGAGAAAUGCAUCCAGGAUUUCCUGAAGAUCAAAAUUCCAGAUCGCUUCCCUGAGAGAAAGCAUCCUUGGCAGUCUGAACUUCUACGGAAGUAUCGCCUUUAGGGGAGGGCUGGGGGUAGUCACCACUUUGAAAUAAACCUCCCAAAAGGAAGACAUAUGUUGAAGGAAAAAUAACAACUAGCGAUCCACAUUUGUUAGAACACAAUAGUUCAUUGAUGUACUACUGCCUACUUUGCCUAGCUCACCUUAACGUGUAAAUCCACAGGGUAGAUUUUUUUUUUUCCAGAUGUGGAACCAAAAGCAAGCUCUUGUGUUGUCCUUUCUCUUUUAUUAACUUGGUCCCAUGUACUGAGAGGCUUUGGGAGUCAUCUAUCCCAAACCGGGGUUUUUUUGUUUUGUUUCCUCUCAUUUUCUGCCUCCUUUCGUUGGCCAAGGAUGGGCAGGAGAUAUGACCCAG